AUCGGCGGCCCCUAACCUCCCUUUCUCCAUCUCCGCUGCCUUCGCCUUUCCCCUGCCGCUGCGAACCACCCUAACCCUCCGUCUCCUCUCGCUACUCGGCAAGCGAGGUGCCCUUUUCACUCCCUGCCCGACAAUGAGCUGGGCCGGUUGGCGUUCAACGUCCAAGCAGAAGAGAUAAUGGAUGGCAUGAUGCAGGAGCAUGGACACAGUGCCAGCGCCAGCUCCGAGUCUUGGAUGCAUCCUUACCCGCCGGAGCAAUGCAUUAUCCUCAUCAAGUCGUAGGAGUCAGAAAAGGACACUCCUUUGCUUCAAAAUCCUUUGAUGUUCUUGAUGCUAUGGAUGUGAACUAGACUGGGCAAUUUCAGAUUUGAACAGGUCGAAGAGGUCUCCCGACGCCUUCUCUUUCUAAUGGAAGAAUUUAUGGAGUCGUUUAAGGAAAAAUAACCCUAGCAAUAAGUCGACCAUGGAUUAUUUGGAUGAAAACAAUAGACUCAUUAAUGCCAUAGCUAAUGACCAGAAUCUAGGCAAGCUGGAAGACUCUGCUCGGAAUCUCGAUAGGCUACAACAGAACCUCGAUUUCCUCGCUGCUAUUGCAGAUAAUCAACGUUUGGUAGAUGCCCAGCAUAAUUCCAACAUGUACCUGCAACCUCAAUUCUACUCUGCCAAUAACACUGCUGUGCAACAACCACUACAAUUGAUUCAACCUCAACACACUGUUCCUGCUGCAGUCAUGCCGCAACAAGGGUAUCAGAUCAUGAAAAUCCAACAAGCUCAACAGAUGAGCCCCCAGAUCCUGGUGUUUGCUCCACCUGCAGUGCCGCAGGAUCAGAUGCCAUUUCCCCAGCUCUACAAUCCCAUGCUGCUCUAUGGCCAGGUUGCGCAGGCUCAACCGGCUCAGCCACUGCUGCUCCCCUAUGAUCCAAUGUGCCAGACCCAGAUCUGUCAGACUCAGACUCAACAAGCAGCAUUGCUCUGUGGCCAGCCCAUGGGAAAUUAUGGAAUGGUGGGCGCACCCAGUUUUGCCAAUCCUGGCAGCAACAAUGAAGCCGAGAAUUUAAUGGCUGCAGGUUUCUUGUCUGAGGCUGAGGGAGCUCUGAACAUGCCUCUCUACAAUCCAGAUUCUGGAGAAGAAGGUGACUGCGGUGUUUGAGAAGGUAAUUGGGAUGCUGGUAAAUUGCAGUAUUAAUACUCAUUGAUGUCUAAUAAAGGAACCUACCAUGACUGUUUGGCGGCAAAUAAGAAAACUCCUGCUGAGAGAACAAUUAUGCAUUAUGUUAGACGAUUUAUCUCUUGUUCAUGUUUCAAGUUGUUUGUCAUCAUUAUGUGCUAUCGCAUGGUUUCAAAUUAUAUCAACCAUAUCUUUGAUAUCAGUAGUUGCAUCAGAAUGGGCAAAUAAAAGGUCUUUUGUUGAAGAAAUCACCCAACAUGUUUGUUGGGGGGUGAUUUUGCGUGAAGACUCCCCGCCGCAUCAUGCGGCCUAUGUGACUGUGAUCCUGGUUGCUUGUUUCUGUCUAGCAUUUUUUGUGAACCAUUACAAACUUGUUUGUUUCACAAGUCCUUUGUUUUUAUUGAAGGUGGUAAAAUACUACACCUUGUACAUGUUGUACACAUCUCAUCCAACAAUAGGCACCCUUGCCACCUUCCCUUGCUUGUCCACCCAAACCCAAACCCUAUCACACCGGAAGUCUUGGAUCACAAAUGAACCCAUCUCCACAAUCCUUGUUGUCACUCCUCGGUUCUCCGCUAUGAUGACUGCCGCAGCUUCCUCGCCAUCAACUCCGACCAGCUCAGGCCAUGAUCCUUUUCCUGCAAAAACACUAGCAAAACCUUUAAAAAAAGCACUCAUGAUUUAACACAUGUAGAUGGAUAUACCUGCACAAAGCAUUUUUCCCCCCUUCUAUUUUUAUUGUUUCUAAAUUCUUUAUCAUAUCAGAGCUCCUUCGGGUUCUUAUAUAUAGACGAGGCUUCAUACAGUUUUAGGAGCUCUAGGGUUUGUUUGGGAGGAGGUGAGGGAAGGGUAAAUAAGGGGAAGGGAAUUUUGAACUUUGUUUGGAAAGGAGUGGGCUAAAGGAAAGGAAAAGUAGGAAUUGGUAAGCGGAUUGGUAAGCUUUAACCUUGCUUAUGACAAGGAAGAUUUUCUUACAAGGGGAAGGGAAUCCCAAAAAAUAAAAAAUUGUUCUGAUUUUAUCCUUGCUUUAAAAAUCAAAGCAAUGCCUAAUUUAAGAAGUGAGAGUAUUUUUGUAAUUAUUUAUUUAACCUUUAUUCCUUUUCUUUUUUUUUUUCUAAACAGGGUAACACAUGUUAACCUUCCCUUCCAAACAAGGGGAACAAAAAUACUUUACUUCUUCCUUCCUUCCCCUCUCUUCCCUUUUCCCUCGUCUCAUCCAAACAGCAUUAAAUGAGUGAAAUAUGACCUCAAGUUAUUUAAUUAUCCAUUUCAAACUAUGAAAAAAUUACGUGGAAUAUGAGUCAGUUUUAAACUACUGAAAUUUGAGGAAGAACAUAAUUGCUGAUCUUAUUGGAUUGUCUCUUUGUUCCUCUUGUUUUUUUUGGAUAAAGAAAAUUUGAAGAAUUGUUGCGUUGGUAUAUAUAUAGAGAGAGAGUUAUUUAGCUUUCAAUCUAUUACUUGCCUUGCUUGGUUGAAAUAAAUUAUUAAUUUGGCUAAAGUUACUCUUGAAUUAUACUGAGUAAGUUUCAUAAUUGCACUGCAACUUCUUCCAUCUUCGCUUCAAGUUGAUCAAAAUGUAAUGAGUUGUAUCAAAUGAAUUUGUGAUAAACCCAAUAAAAGAAAACUUCCUCUGCUUUUAUCUCUCUGAGAAGAAAACUUCCUUAUAAUAUCUCCUUUUUUUACUAAUGCAAGGAAAUUGGUGGUGUGUAUUCCUAUUGCAUGUCAUCAUGGUUAUCAUCAACAAUCAUAAAUAUAGAUAAACCUAAUUGUUCAAACAUUCUGCAACUACUAAUGCCCCAUUUGCUUUGGCUCAGCCCAUAAAUUCUCUGUUCAUUCAAAAGACAUGAACGAGACGCAAAAUUAUUAUAACCUGUGAAUAAAUAUAGAGAAGGCCAGGAGGAUAUGCAUGUAACAUCUGUAGAACCUGGGUCAGAUAAAUUCCAAGAGUUAUACAUUACAUGCAUAACGGCAGGAGCAUCAAUGCAAUUCCAUAGUAUAGUUGUAGCAU